UUUUUCUUUUUUCUUUUUUUUCCCCUCUCUCUCUCUCUCUCUAAAGUUCAAAGUUUUUGUUGUUUUCCCCCCGAGUCUUUCUCUCUCUUGCUGUGGACUUGUGGAAUGCUGGGGUCAGAGACUUCUGAGACAUGUUCUAGCAGACUUUUGUUGAAUUGGGUCACUGGUUUCUGUCAUAGGUGGUAGAGAAUCUGAGUCCUCAGAGAUCUAAGCCUCUCUCUGGUGUUUUGUUCAUCACACACACCCUUUUUGUUGUGGCAUAGUUGUGAAAGUGAAAGAGUGAGAGAAGAUGAUGAGGAUGAAGAAUAUUAGUAGUAGCAUCAUGAAUGGAGGUGGUUCAGUUGGUUGUAGAUCUGAGCCGGGUUCAAAGGAAUGGGAGAUGAGGCCAGGUGGAAUGUUGGUUCAGAUGAGAACUGCUGAUUCGGGUCGGAACCCAGCACUUUUGCCAACAAUUAGAGUAAAGGUCAAGUUUGGUUCAAUUUACCAUGAAGUCAACAUUAGUUCCCAAGCUACAUUUGGGGAGUUGAAGAAAAUGCUGUCAGGGCUAACUGGUUUACACCAUGAAGACCAAAAGCUGUUUUACAAAGACAAGGAGAGGGAUUCAAAGGCUUUUCUUGACAUAGUUGGGGUGAAGGACAAAUCCAAGAUAGUGCUAGUGGAAGACCCUAUUAGUCAAGAAAAGAGGUUGUUAGAGAGAAGGAAGAAUGCUAAGAUGGAGAAAGCUGCAAAGUCGAUCUCAGAAAUCAGCUUGGAAGUAGAUAGGCUUGCAGGGAGGGUAUCAGCCUUUGAGUCAAUUAUUAGCAAAGGUGGGAAAGUUGUGGAAACAGAUGUGCUUAAUCUGAUUGAGUUAUUGAUGAAUCAAUUGCUUAAAUUGGAUGGUAUAAUGGCUGAUGGGGAUGUGAAACUACAGAGGAAAAUGCAGGUAAGAAGAGUUCAAAAGUAUGUUGAAACUCUUGAUGUGCUGAAAGUUAAGAAUUCUAUGCCUAGUAGCAAUGGAGACCAAGCCCCAGUGAAGCCCCAUCAGAAGCAUUCAAAUGGUCAAAGGAAGGGACCAAUUCAAGAGCAACAACAAAAGCAUUCAAAUGGACGUCAUAGAUUAGCCUUAGCACCAAUUCAGGAGCAGCAACAAGAACAACCAAGGAACUCAAGUGAGAAUUCUCUAGCACUAUAUCAAGAGCAACAAGAACAACCCUCAAGGAAUUCCACCUCAGGAGUUGUAGUUACCACAAAUUGGGAGUUGUUUGAUUCUGUCCCACCAUUAAUCCCUGUGCAAGCCACAUCACCACCCCCACCCUCCUCAGUGACCAAUAAUUCAGGUCCUCCCAAGUUCAAUUGGGAAUUCUUCGACUAAGUACCAUACCACGUGUUUUUACUUGUGUGGAUGUGAUUUGGGUUUGUCUUCAACUUGGAGUGUUAUAUGUUUUACAUUCUUUUCUGUAUUUAGAUUUGUUUAGCAACCCCCUUAUAAUCUGUCAUUUACUUGAGAAUAAAUGGGGUUGCUAUGAUAGUGAUUAUCAUAAAAAAAAAAAGUUACAUUUCUGUGAUUUUUGUGUCCGCCGAAUUCAUUUACCAAAUGUAUGGGCCUAUUUUUGAUGGAUAUAUGUAACUAUGUUAUUAAUCCA